AGUGUAGUGUAACCACAUAAUUUAAAGGGGAAAGUUGCUUCCCCUAGCAAACAUAGUCUCUAUGUAAAUGUUAUUUUAAAUUGUAAAUAAUGAGCAAUCGAUCAAAAAGGGACACAAGAAGAAAAGAUUAUAAAUCUUUACACACGUCUGGAAAGACAGAAGAAGGGGCCUUCGAAGGGAUUGAGACGAACCAAACAAAGAGUUCAGAGAUAAUGGCGGGAUCGGAAGUUAACCAAUAUGGCGUCCUCCAGUUGCCAGAUGACGAAGAAGUAGACGAACAGCAACUUCUGGUGAUGAAGGAAGAAUUAGAAAUGCUGAAGCAGGAGGAAGAAAAGUUGACCAGGAGAAGGGCCUUCCAGGAGACGAAAAAGGAACUAGACAGACAAAAGGCAAAAGUGGAAUCACUGAAGGACAGAGAAUUACGUGUUCUGAGGGAUGACCUCAAGGCAUCCAAUAGAAGGGCUUAUGCUGAGGGAUCCAGGAAAAAUUUGAGGAUCCAGUGGGAAUCUUUUCUUUUGUUUUGCUGCCAUUUCGGCUAGAAAAUCAAAUUUGGUACCUACAACGACUGAAGAUUUACUUCAUAAAAGGUUCUUAUUAAGAGAGGAUGUUUCUAUUGAUAAGAAUAAAUUGUUGGUUUCUAUGAAAUGGACAAAAACUAUUCAGUUUGGA